UUUCGCUACCGCGCGAUGCAUAGUUGACACGCCGUUGAUAGAGUUUGAAUAUUGGUGAGAUUUCUCUUGUUAUAUAUUUUUUGUUGCUAUUUUGUAUGCUAUUUUUUGUUUUUCAUGUUUUUAGUCAAAUUUUCCUUUGAUCAGAGUGUGUUUCCGGGCUUAUGGACUCCAGACUUCCUCCAUGCCGGCGGCGGCCGCUUUAGCCAUGGACCGAACCACGAUCAAGCUGAUGCAGGAGAUGUCCCGGCUGAAGGCGGGCGGUCAGCAGUCGGCGGCCGGCCGCGGCGGAUCGGCCACCUCGCCCACGGCCAACGGAGCCGGCGCCGGCGGCGCUGCCGGCCGACUGGGCUCCGGCCCGCUCAGCUACAGCCUGUCCAGCUCUCGGACGGGCACCCUGGACACGGGACAGAAGCCGGGAGUGGACGCUGGCGGCGGCACCUCCUCGGCGGCCAGCGGCGCCGCCACCGCCGCCACGCCCGUGUUCACCGUCAGCCGCCAGAGCGUCAUCGCCGCCAGCCGGUACGCCACGCCCAAACAGCUCGACACCUACUCGAACGGCGCCGCCACGCCGCCGCCGCCGCCCAAUUAUAGCGCCCACAUGCGCCAGAAGCAGGCCGGUGGUAGUGCGGCGGCCACCGCGGCGCCGGUGACCGGCGGCGGCCUGUACGCCGGCCGCGCGCCCUACGAGCCGCCGCCGCCCUACAUCCACGGCGCGCCCACAGCCGUGGCCUCCAUCCAGUCGAGUCCGCGCAGCUCGGUCAGCGGCGGCAGCCACGAGGGGGUGAUCUACGAGAACGUGGCCGGCCGGCCGCGGCCGCCGGACGGCUCGCGUCGCUCCAGCCUCAGCUCGCAGGAGUCGUACCCGCGCACCGACCCGUACGGUGUUGUGUCGGCCGCCGCCGCGCCGCCGCCAGCCCGCUCCGACUCGUACGCGACUGCUGGCGGCCGGGCCGGCGCGCCGGCGGACCCGUACGGCGGUCAGCCGCGCGGCUCGAUCGGUCUGGACGGCUACACGGCCGGUCUGGGCGGCUCGCGCGGCGCGCUGCCGGCCACCGUGGCGGCCUAUUCGUCCUCCUCCCCCCUGCCGACCUCGCUGCCCGACCCGUACGCAGUGACGCCGACGUCGCGCGGCACGCCGGUGCACCAGCCGUACUCGGCGGCGGCCAGCGGCGCCGGCUCGUUCCCCGAGCCGUACUCGGUAUCGCCCAUGUCGCGUCCGGCGACCGCGUCUCUCAGCCGCGCCACUCCCACCGGUGAGCCGUACCAGUCGGGCUCGGCGCGCUCCACACCGGCGGCCGAGCUGUACCAGACGCAGGGCCGGCCGGCGCCGCCGCUCGACUGCCACUCGCCAGUGACGGUGGACGCCGGCCGGCCGCGGCUGGCGGCGCCGCAGGAGCGGUACGCGCCCGGCGCGCUGACCGACACCUACCAGCCGGGGCGGGAGGGCUCGGCAGCCGGCGACCGGUACCUGCAGCUGCUCCAGCAGCAGCAGCAGCAGCAGAGGCAGCAACAACAACAACAGCAACAGCAGCGGCCGCCGCUCUACGAAAACGUCGGAGCCAACUCUGGGAAGGUGUACAUGCGUGAGUCGUCUCAGCCGGUGUCCCAGGUACCGGCGGUGUCCACGCCUCCGCCGCCGUACCCCGGUCAGCGCCGCGCCGAGCCGCAGCCGCAGCAGGCGCCGGCCGGCCGCGGCGACCCGCCCACCUACGCCAACCUGCCGCCCGGCCCCGGCGCGCGCACCGAGAGCCCGGCCGGCCGCAGCGGCCUGCUGCCCUACCAGGUCACGCCGCCCAAGUCGCAGGGUCCCUCGGAGGCGGAAAAGAAGCUGGAUGAGCUCACCCGGCAGCUGGAGGAAGAGCUGGAGGGAGGGGAAGAGGAGGGCGAGUACUUUGGUAUGUGCUACACGUGUGGCGAAAAGGUGACAGGCGCCGGCCAGGCCUGCCAGGCCAUGGGCAAUCUGUACCACACCAACUGCUUUGUGUGCUGCUCCUGUGGCCGGGCGCUGCGCGGCCGGGCCUUCUACAAUGUGCACGGCAAGGUCUACUGCGAGGAGGAUUACUUGUACUCUGGCUUCCAGCAGACAGCCGAGAAGUGCGCAAUCUGCGGGCACCUCAUCAUGGAAAUGAUUCUGCACGCGAUGGGCAAAUCGUACCACCCAGGCUGCUUCCGCUGCUGCGUCUGCAACGAGUGUCUGGAUGGCGUACCGUUCACCAUCGACGUCGACAACAAGAUCUACUGCGUCAACGACUACCACAGGAUGUUUGCGCCCAAGUGCGCCGCCUGCGGUAAGAGCAUCACGCCGGUGGAGGGCACGGAGGAGACUGUUCGCGUGGUGAGCAUGGACCGCGACUUCCACGUGGACUGCUACAUCUGCGAGAUGUGCGGCCUGCAGCUGACGGACGAGCCCGAGCAGCGCUGCUACCCGCUGGACGAGGCGCUGCUCUGCCGGCGCUGCCACCUGCUGCGGCUGGCACAGCUCGGCAGGACGUCCACCAGCCACAUGCAGAGCGUCGACUACCAGCGUACCGAUACCGGCGAGCCCACCUGGUACUACGCCUCGUCCUAGACGGCUGGGACGGCGGCGGCCCCGACCCGCCCUCCCUCGUCACCGCUCAGUCCGCCGUGCCGAUCAACCCGACCCGACCCGACCCGACCCGACCCGGCGCCGGUGCCCGUGAUAGUGGCUCCCGGCUGACCAGCUACAACAUUCCACAGCGAGGGCAUUUACUUACUCCCCGGCAAGAGACGAACAUUUUCCGCGAAUUUCGAGCGGUGGUAUUUUUGCUCGAUACAAUGCCGCGCGCGUGCGCCGUCCCAGUGGGCACUUGUAUUUUCCAGAGCGCGUUUUUUAUAUAUAUAGCGCGGAGCGCGGCCUGCCUUUCUGUUGCUGCUAUUGUGUUGUCGAAGGUGCAAUGUCGGAGGUUUGCUAUCGAGUGUGCUGCACGUGCGAGCAGGAUCUCGGAGCUGGAGCCAAUGUGCCAGAUCGUGUGACUGGGAGACCGCCGGUGUGUGUAUGUGUGUGUGACUGAGAACCAUUUCCCGUGAGUGUGUCGCUGCGAUCGGGAGCCUGCGCGGCGAACUGCCGCCGGCUCAAUGUGAUAUGACUUGGAGCGGGCGUGUGACGGUUUGGCCGCCGGGUGGGACGCCCGGCGGGUAGCCGAUCCGCCAGUGUGGGCCCGUGCUCGCGGCGCGCGCAGUGUUGCUCAAUGGCGGCGCGCGGUACUAACCUCGCUCUGAACGGCCGCGCGGGAGCGGCGAGCGCGCGCUCCGCGGCGGCUCUGUCUAAUAUACUCGUCCCGCCGGGACACCAGCCUGCCA